AUGAGUCAAAAAGUUCCAACAGGAAUAGAUCCAACUUCUAUUGAUCAAAGUGCAGAUGAAACACAUACAAAAAAUGAAACACCUACUAAACCAGCACGUAAUGUUAAAAAACAUCGUCGUCAUAGUUCAUAUUUAUCA